AUGCGGCUGCGACCAACGACUCCAUACUUUGUGCUUGUUUUGCUAACUAAUAAUGAACUAAAGGUAAUUCCGCUUGCCUUUGCCGUAUCGAUCAAAGGUCCGGGAGGAGUCCCACAAAUCAACUUCUCCAACCAGGGUGACCCCUGCAAGCCAUUCCCAGGAACAGACCUCCUGCACUGUCCACAAAUUGGGUAUAGGACCACCUCUAUACAUUUGACAAAUAUCAUUAAGGGCGAGGAUAUCAAGACCUGCCAGAAGAAGGGAAAGACCAUUCUUCUAUCUAUUGGCGGAGCGACAUACAGUGAAGGCGGCUUCCGUUCUGCCGAGGAUGCCGUCGCUGGCGCCAACCUGUUGUGGGAUACGUUUGGACCGGUAAAGUCGUCGAACUCUUCAGUUCUUCGCCCGUUUGACGAUGCAGUGAUCGAUGGAUUUGAUCUCGACUUUGAAGCCACCGUGUUGAACAUGGUCCCUUUUGCCAAGCAGCUUCGCACUUUGUAUGAUGCUGAGAAAUCCAAGACCUUCUACCUGACUGCUGCUCCUCAAUGCCCUUACCCAGAUCUCUAUAAUAAGGAGAUGCUAGAAGGAGGCGUCAAAUUCGAUGCGCUCUUCAUACAGUUCUACAACAAUUUCUGUGGCCUCAAUAACUUCGUCCUCGGCUCCCAGUCACAAGACAAGUUUAACUUCGCGGAAUGGGACAACUUUGCUAAAAAGGUGUCUGCAAACCCAGAUGUCAAAAUCAUGGUUGGCGCUCCUGCAAACAAGGGGGCCGCGAGCUCCGGAUAUAUCGAUGCUCAAACCCUCGUCAGCGUCAUCAACUGGAGUAAAACCUUCUCCAGCUUUGGCGGAGUCAUGAUGUGGGACGCCAGCCAGGCUUGGGCCAAUGGCAACUUCACUUCGGCAGUAAAGGGCGCUUUGAGUGCAGGGAACUCCCGCGUUGUUCGCAUGUCAUACGCCGGUUAUCAUUCCGGAUACUGA